AUGUUUCCCCCAAAGGCUCUCCUCAUUCGGGCCCUGAUUCUCCUAACGCUCGCCAGCAAGGUCGUAGGGCGGAGAGGUGGCGGCGGCGGCGAUCAUGAUAGCGACAGUAACUCGAACAGCGACAGUGGAGGUACUAGUACCAGCGGAGGCUCCAGCGCAACCAACUGCGGCGCAGAACAGCACCGCUACCUCUACGGCGACGAUUUGAUCCCGACCAACGUCCGAAACUGGACCUCUGAAGGCGGUAGUGUUGACGGCGCCAACCCGACCACCUACGACGGAUCAUUCUUCCAGGGCGAAGCUUCGUUGGCGUACAACAUCACAGGCACGUCUCACUGCCGGGAUGCAGCUGGUACACUCCGUCUUCUGGGAUACGCGUGGGUCGGUCCAGUGACGCCUUAUCCAACUGGGCCGACAAAUCCAUUUAUCAUCGGGUUUAAGGCGUGGGAGUCGGAUAAAUCGGUGGAGGAUAUUACUGACUCGUAUGCGUGGUUGAAUUGGGGGAAGAGUUGUACUAGUGAGCCUGAUUUGGUCCGGGUUAUUACUUCGUUGGCUUGGCCUGCGUCGGAAGGUCGGGGGGUGAGAGAAGCGGCGGAUGUUAUGAGGAUUCAGACGGAAAGCCAUACGGCGGGCGAUAGAGUGGAGUUUAAUGCGACAUCCGUUGACGGUUUGGAUAUUCCGAAAUACAGGGAUAAAGGGUUGGUCCGUUUACCUGGUCGAGUGUGUCAGUCUGAUGAGCUUUCCUUGGACUGGCCGCAGGGGACGAGGAUGAAUGGGUCCAUUACGAAUACCACGUUGGAUUUGAGGUUAGUGGGAACGGGUAAUACGAGUACGGACUAUAAGUAUUCAUCGAGCAGAGAUGAGAUUUAUAUUGCUUUUGAGCUUACGUUCUCGGGGACGUUCGAUGGAGUGAACUCGACCAUGGCUUUGGAUAUUCAGCCCCAGAACGAGACAGUGGUUAAAUGGGUGAAGAAUGGCGCUGAGAGGAUGAAGAUGUCCUGGGCUUGGGUAGUUGGAAUUUUCCUGGUUUUCUUCUGCGCUUUAUGGCCCUAA